AAACGUUGAAACUGGUUGAAACAGGCGUCCAGGAAGCAGUCCACUCCGAAGUUCCAAUUUCGCUCGAUUUUUAUCAAUUUCCCCGCCUCAAGCGCUCCAAAAACGCCUCAAUUUCCGUGUGAAUAAACGAGAAGCAUAAUUACGAGUGAGAAAACAGUGGAUUGAACCAGAAAAUUAGCGAAUGUACUCGGUUCUAUGUGAAUCGAGGUGGCGAGAGGGUCCCCAGGGAUCUCCGAUGUCUUCCGAGGGACUUUGCGAGGACCAAAACGACUCCAGUGAGAAUGAAGAGAAGAACGUGAAGAUGAACGGCGAAGUGAUCGAGGUGGAUCUGAAGAUUCCAGAGCUGUGUCUGCCAGCAUCGCCUCAGUAUGUCACACGUCAGGACUCUGGUGUACCGGAGGACCUAUCGUCCCCCUCCAACAAGACGUCACCGGAGAACGACGAUGAGGAUCCCAACGGGACCAUGAACAGCGACUGCAACAUCACAGUCAUUCACGUGACGGAUGCAUUAACUGAGGGCAAGGACAAAGAUAAUAAGGAUGGGAGUGAUUCGGGAGUCGAGGGCUGCACUACGGAAAUACCUAGGGUGAAUGGCUACUCCAGUAGCAUAAACAACCUCGACGAGGUGUCAUGCGACUCAAGUCUAGUAUCUUGUAGUUCAGUAUACGAGGACCCUUGCGGUACCCUCCCCGACGAGCUCCUCCCGCGCACCCCCCCGAUCUCCCACUCACGCGAGCACACCUCCGAGGGUGGAAGUGAGAGUUCCUCCGUGACCGGUUCCACAGGUUCGCGCCCUACCCCUCGUACCUCAAAACGUCCACCCUGCACCUCGACCACCACCACCAAAAAGAAGCCCCCGAAUCCCCCUCAGAAGUCCUCCAGAACGCGUCCGGUUCCCCAAACCGAGCCCCCAAGGCCGAAAUCUCGAGCGCCGGUUCUGAAGCCUCCGCCGCCCAAGCAGACCAUCAAACUCUGGUCUGCAGGCACCCCCGCUCGCUCCAGAACCCGAUCCCGACCGUCAACCGACUCCCUCACCCUCUCGAUUUCCUCACCUCUCGCCAAGGAACUCGAAAAAGACCUGUCGCAAAGAAGCAUAACACGCGCGACAGCAUCAAGCCUCUCGAAAUGCCGCACGACCCCGAUAUCCACCCCCUCGGAGGACUUCAAACGUCCGUUGUCCACUCCCAGAUCGUCAAAACCCCUGACGAGAUCGAUAACUGUCGACAAAACGCGCGCCAAAUCCGAACUUCACAAGCUAGAGACGAAGACGAUAGAAACCUUUGGGACUCUCCCGAGGAGAAGGACCUCGAAAUUCAGUCUGCCGCCCACGGAGGACCCGAAGAAGUCCCUCAGCAGGGACCCCUCGUUAUCCCGCCUCGACAAAACCCGAAAGAAGUCACUGCUAAAGCCAAAACCCCCGGAGAAAACGAUAAUCUAUCAUGAAGCAAGCAUACAGACCGGUCUGACAGCUUCGGAUAUCGAGCACCUGUUGAACGGUCUCCCCGCGAGAUCCUGUGGCCCCGAGGUUCCCGACAGGAUCACCUCGGACACCCAGACGGAGAUCCAAAUGGUCCCGGACUCCUUCUAUCAGGCGCUCAAGAUCCAAUUCGAAGACCUUAAGAACGAGAAGGACAAGCUUGAGCAGAAGCUCUCGUCCACCGAGCGACACCUCAUGGACGAGCGUUCAGACCAUCACUUUACGCGUCAGGAGCUCGAGAAAAACCUUCAGCGGGUCCAGGCGAUCCUCGGAACCACCGAGAACCCCGAGGGUAACGACUCCCUCCUGGAGCUGGAGUCCCAUUUCCAGGAGUCGGGGCAAGUCGUAGCGAAUCAACAAGUUGAGAUAGCUAACUUGCAGUCCCUCUGCCGAAUGUUGAAUCGAGAUCUCGAGAAGAGUCUGGCUGCCCAGAAGAAUCUUCUGCAGCACCAGCAGGAGGUCGAGGCCGAAACCCUUGAACUCCAGGAGUUCCUUCAUCUCGAGAAGACAGCGAUGGCGGAAGCCAUGAAGGAACUAGAAGCAGAACUCAUUCAGAAGAACGAACUUCUGUCUUCUAAGGACGAGGAACUUAGGAGGGCGAUGGAAGAGUGCAAGCAUCUCGUCAGGAUGAGUGAGCAGCGCCGCCAGGAGAAUCUCUCCCUGGAGAUGAGGAUGAGUGCAAUUGAACGCAAGUCGAGGGAUCUCUUGCUGACACAAGGAGCUGCCGUUUCCGGCGCGGGUGUUGCCUUGUCAGGACUUGGUAACAGGCUUGAGGCCCUUGUUGAUCAGCUGGUGAAGUCUUACAAGAUAUCGGAGAAGGAUCUUGAGGAUGUUGUCUAUCAUAACGAGGCUUACUCCAAGUCCAACAGCAGCGCUGAGUCGUCGCCUGUGAGCUCGAGAUCGCUGAACCUCGUGCCCUCGCCCAAGAGGCACUCGUUCGUUUCAGCUGUCAUCGGAGCUAUCAGGAAUGCUGCCACUCAUCCUUUUGUGAUGAAGGGGGAGAAAGGCACCUGCGAGAAAGGACUCUUCAGGGAGUUCAGGGCUGAUGAGAGUGAGGAUCUACUGGACUUUGAGACAGAGCCCUGUCUCAUGAUGGAGAGCGUUCUUGAGGAUGUACCUCUGCAUGACGGCUAUUCCAGGAAUAUGGUUAGCAGUUGUGACUCUCUGAGAAGGGGCUUCAGCGUUCCUGAUGGGGGGCUCGAUGGUUAUGGGGAUGCUGAAAUGGGACGCAGUGCUGACGAGUUCUCGUCGUUGAACAGCCUUACUCAAGCGAUCUUGAAUAGGAGAAGGGUUGAGGAGAAUGAGGAGGAGGAGACGGCAGACGAGGAGGAUGAGGAGGACGAGAGUGGGGAGAGGGUCCAGGGGGAUUAUGGGACGGCUGUUAACCUUGUUGAUCAAGUAAUCGAUGUGGAUAAUCUAGUUACCAAGCUGCUGAAGGUCUUGAGGAUCAUACAGUUGGAGAAUGAUACUUGUAUUAAGGAGCUGAGGGAGGAGAAGGGGGAGCUCGAGGGGAGGCUCGCCAUUGCUGGCAGAGAGGAUGACACUGAGGAAAAACUGAAUCUACAAUUAACUUGCUUCACUGGAGGAAAUGAGUUAGGACCUUCUUAAGUCAGCAAUGUUUCCCGAAAUAUUGGAAUGAUGCGAUUUCAUAAAUCAAAUGUCAUUUUGAAGUCUGAAAAAAUACCUUCAAAAUGGAAAACAAAUCGUCGAAAUUCAUGCUGUCAAUCUCAAGUUAUUGACGAUUGAAAAAUAAAACUGAAGGAAUUGCAUCAUAAAUCAAAGGCUCAAUCAAAUCUAGUCUUCAUCCCCUGGACAAUCGUCCCCUGAAACCGCUUGAUAUGUCCCCUAGACUGCCGCAUUAUUUCGAGUGAGACUGCAUUUAUUUUCCUAAUAACUCCUUUGCUUUGACGUUAUUGAGCAGUGGAUCAAUGAAUUAUAGUAACCAAUGAAUUGUAUCAUAGAAAUUGUAAAAAUUGCAUAGUUCUACAGUAAUAUAAGUAUCUUUUGUACUCAGCGAAUUACCCAUGAGAUUGCAUAAUUAAAAAACAAAGCAGGGAUUGAAAAACUGUAUUUAUUGUAAUUUCAGAUGAAUAAAUAUCAUUUUAAU